GUUGCCUUUUCCUCCUUUAGAAUACACACCAGCUGCAUGGAAGCUGAAAACCACACAGAAGCAUCACAAUUCCUCCUCCUGGGUCUCUCAGAUGACCCUAAACUGCAGCCCCUCCUCUGUGGAGUGUUCCUGUGCAUGUACCUGUUCACUGUGCUUGGAAACCUGCUCAUCAUUGUGGCCAUCAUCUAUGACUCCCACCUGCACACAGCCAUGUACUUCUUCCUCUCCAACCUGUCCUUUAUUGAAAUCUGUUUCACCUCCACCACGGUCCCAAAGAUGCUGGUGAAUGUCCAGGCACAGAGCAAAGACAUCUCCUACAUUGGGUGCCUCAUUCAGGUGUAUUUUGUUAUGAUAUUUGCUGGAAUGGACAGCUUCCUCCUGACUGUGAUGGCCUAUGACCGGUAUGUGGCCAUCUGUCAACCCCUGUACUACAUGGUCAUCAUGAACCCACGCUUCUGUGGCAUUCUGGUUCUGAUAUCUUGGCUCAUCAUUUUCUGGGUCUCCCUGCUUCACAUUCUACUGAUGAGGCGGCUGACCUUCUGUGUCGGCACUGAAAUCCCACAUUUCUUCUGUGAACUGACUCAGAUCCUCAAGGUGGCCUGCUCUGACACCCUCAUCAAUAACAUCGUCUUGAAUGUGGCUACUGCCCUCCUGGGUGUGAUUCCUCUCACUGGAAUUCUGUUUUCUUACUCUAGGAUUGUCGCCUCUGUGAUGAAAAUAUCCUCUGCAGGAGGGAAAUAUAAAGCAUUUUCCACCUGUGGGUCUCACCUGGCCGUGGUCUCCUUGUUCUAUGUGACAGGCCUGGGGGUCCACCUCAGUUCUGCUCUGACCCAUUCGUCCCUACAGAACUCAAUUGCCUCAGUCAUGUACACUGUGGUCACGCCCAUGCUGAACCCCUUCAUCUACAGCCUGAGGAACAAGGAUAUGAAGGGGGCUCUGAGAAGGCUCUUCAACCUAGUAACAUCUUGUCUGUGAUGGAUCUCUGGCCUCAGACAUAAAGGCACAUAGUGGGGGCCCAAAGAUGAAAUUAUAUGAAAAUCAUACAGUAAUCAGAACAGCAUGAUAAUGCUAUCAGGACUCUUCUUGUUUCUUCACAUGAAUGAUUUAAUUUCAUCUUAAAAACAUUUUUGAGAUAUUUUCUCUCAUUCACUUUACUUUUGAAAAGAAGUGACGGAAUUGAAGUUGGACUACACCUUGGAAAGCUGACUUUACUAUCCUACCUUUCACAGGAACAGUGAUGUGAUUUUCAAGUUCAGAGUAGGAAUCUAGAUUUGAAAGAUGGUUUCUUCAGAUAACAUAGAGGAAUUUACUACCUCACUAACUGAGAAGUGUCAUCUUUUGUGUGAUCCUUCCUUCCUUUCCUUUUUUUAUUUGACUUAUAUUUCCCAUUAUUGCAAUGUUGAUAUGCACCUUCUAAGAUCCAAAGCCAUGUAAUAAUGAGUACAAUAAAAUAAGAGUUAUUUUCACAAGUGAUUUAGUUAUUUUCUGGCACUCUGUAGGGAUGCCUCAGGAAGAAUAGUUACACAUUUGUGGAACAUGUUUAGAACCUAAUUCUUUUGGUGGGGAAGAAUGAUGACAGAAUUGAUUCUGCAAGGAAGCAUGGAGGAGUACAUGCUGUUAAGAUUCCUCCCAUGUUCCCUGACAUCCUCUCACAAUUUUCAUUGCAUAACUGCCAACAUCCAGUACCAGCUGGAACAAACUUUACCCAAUAUGUACCAGCUGGAACAAACUUUACCCAAUAUGUGGUAGCAGACAGGGAAUUAUGUCCUAUCAGAGACCGCUCUUGAUGGAGAGGUGUAGAGGAUAGCAUGUCUUUCCUCCUUUAUCUGGAAUAAUGCUGAGGUUUAUGUUUUUUACCAUUUACCAGAAUUUCCCCUGGAGAUAAAAUCUCUGUUUAUUUACAAUGGUAGGUGCCAUAAUGCAAGCUUCAUUUGAUAUAUUUUCUUUUGUGUAUCAGUUCCCCUCUCUCCCAUCCAUG